CUGCAACUUCCCCUUUCGCUUCGUCUCUCCUCCCCUCCGCCAUCGCCUGCUUGUCAAAGCGAGCCUCCUCCUCCGCUUACUGUCCCCUCCCAGCGGGUCUCCCUCCCUGGCCACUGCAGUGAAAGCCUCGCUAAAAGGAGAGAAGAGACGGAGAGACGAGUCUGAAGCUCGGUAUAGCACCACAACGAGACUUCAGCAAGCACCACAGUUGUGUAUUUUUCGCCACAGAUCGGCGGCCUACCGACCCCCUCGUUAAACCUUUUUUCUGUUCACGUCGCCUGGAUUUCAUCAUCCGUCCUCCAAGAUGGGAAAUGAAGCCAGUUACCCCCUGGAGAUGUGCUCACAUUUCGAUGCUGAUGAGAUUAAGAGGCUAGGGAAGAGGUUUAAGAAACUUGACCUAGAUAACUCGGGCUCACUCAGCGUGGAGGAGUUCAUGUCGCUGCCUGAGCUGCAACAGAAUCCGCUGGUGCAGAGGGUUAUCGACAUAUUUGACACGGACGGGAACGGAGAGGUGGACUUUAAAGAGUUCAUCGAGGGAGUCUCACAGUUCAGUGUCAAGGGGGACAAGGAACAGAAGCUUCGGUUUGCAUUCAGGAUCUAUGACAUGGACAAGGAUGGCUACAUCUCCAAUGGUGAACUCUUCCAGGUGCUGAAGAUGAUGGUAGGCAACAACCUGAAGGACACACAGCUCCAGCAGAUCGUGGACAAGACCAUUAUUAAUGCAGACAAGGACGGAGAUGGCAGGAUAUCCUUUGAAGAGUUCUGUGCAGUGGUUGGUGGUCUUGAUAUACACAAAAAGAUGGUGGUGGACGUGUGAGCGCUCCUCUGCUCGCUGAUUUUCCCCCCUUCCUCCUCGACACUCGCUUUCUCCACCAUCUCCGAAGAUCUGCUCAAGACGUCCGGCAAAACGCUCUGUGUAACUCAAUGGAAGUAUUCUCUCUAUAUCUUUCUUUUUCUUUUUCUCUCUCUCUCUCUCUCUCUGUGUGAAGCCACUUUUCCUUUCAAAACCACAGGCCUCGCGAAGCCAACUUUGAAGUGUUACUGAACUGACAAGCCCCUCAAUAACCCGGUUGUAGCACUUUAAAAGACUGAAGGACAUCUGUUUGUCUUUUGCAAGAACGUCUCCGAUUUUGGAUGAAGGGGGAGAAAGGUGGCACAGUGAAGAGGCUGGUUGGCUUGUUCAUAUUUUGUCCUUUUUUUUUUAAUUGUUAUUUUUGAUAUUUAUUUUUUGUUCUUGUCUUUUAUAAAGAAGAAAAAAAAUACAAGUAUAUCUAUGGUUGUCUCGUGAGGGGAAGUGUACAAUAUAUUAACACUUGACUUGCAGUACAACUAGAAAGUAGGGUAUGAAGUGCCAACCGGAACAUAUCCAGAAACCAGUCCAAGUUAUUACCUAUCAUCACCACUAAAAUCAUGCCAGACACACUGGCCUGUGACAUUUCCAACUGCGAGUCAUAUUGGCUGCACUAAGAAAUUUCAGAUUUUCUAAUGUCUUGACUUUUACCUUCCACACAAGUAGUUUAGAUUAGACCAGUAAAGAAUUCAGUCACUCUUAGCAAAGCAACUCAUGGUUUUAUUCUUUAGAUAAAGAUUGCUACUUUUAUUUAUACUUAAUGUGUUUAUAUUGUUGGAGAUUAUGCUCGUUUCCUGUCAAAUUAGAGGUAGAUAAAUGAAUGCCAACAAAAUGUUUUUUCCAAAAUAAUUUGUGGCUGCAAACACAGUACAUGGUUUACUAUCGAUGAAGCAUUUCUGAAUCCAGAAGACAAUCUCCAAAGCAAAGAACAGCUCUGCUCUCAGGCUGACAGAGGAGCCAUAAUGGAUUCACUAGAAUUUCGAGACUUUACGUAACGUUGGAAGCAGAGGCUGGAUGGACUCGGCUAAGAGCUGAGAGUAAUAGUUUGGCAUUGAAUAAUGGUGAGAUUUUACACUGUUUGUGCAAGUAUAUAGCAAUUUAAGAGACUUAUCUGCAGGCGGCAUUUUUUUAAAAUAAUGUGUAUAUUGGGUAAUCAAUGUGUGCUCAUCUUCAACAGCCAGAGGAGAAGGCUUUGCCUCUGCUUGACAUGAGCCCUUCUGAAUACUUAACCUUUCUCAGUACAGCACAUGACAGGUCAGUUUUCUGUAACGCUACACAAACACUUAAAAUCUUAACACAUUGGCGUGAUCAGGGUGCAGUGGGGUUAACUGUAUAGUGUAGUUUUGUUUAGUUUUUUUUCUGGAACAUGUACAUUUCAAAAGUUGGCUUCUUCUCCCACCUUUUUUUUUUCCUGUCAGAAUCACCUCAUUUCUCCCCCUCCAAAACAUAAAUUCAACCAAAUUUUAAUUUCUAAGGGAAAAAUGCUUCCUACGAUACUUGGCAUCAGGAUAGCUUUGUUUUGCUUUGGAGGCCGAGUGCUCGUUGGAACAGGAGUGUUCAGUCAGAGAUGUGAAUCUGGAGUACUCUGUUGUCCCUAAUCCCAAAGCUCUGCACGGCUUGGGCCUCCCUGUGCUUGCAUGACAUGGAAGUAUAAUUUUUGUUGUGCAUGUAGAUCAAUUUUUUGAAAUAAUCCUCUUGUUUACACAUGGAUGGUGAUGUUAAUAUAUUUAAAAAUUUAAUGGUAUACAAUAUGGAUGUUGCCAAACUUUGGUAAAUGUACACAUUAUGAGAGGUAAUCCAAAUGAACUGAACUACACGUAACUUUUUGUAUUUUACUCGGGUCAGCGAGAUGCUUCUAUUCCAGUAAAGGUUGCAUAUCUGAUCCUGUCUCAAACUGCCACACACUGUACUCAGCUUAAAGGGGAAAUUUUGAUGGUUUUUUUUUCCCUUUCUUUUGUAUAUAAGUAUUUGUUAAAUGCAGUUCUGGCUCUCUGUUCUCUGUAUAGUUCAGACCGCGCUUUAGUUUGUAAGUGCUACUUCUUCUCUGAGGGACUUGGGUUCUUUUUAGUUUGUGUGGGGAUAUCUGAAAAGAUUUAAGUUUGAGAAUCUUUUUUCCUUUUUCUGCAUGCUGCAUCUUAUGCUGUGGGACUGUUGGAAACUUGAUACUGUAUGAAAAUUAAAUUUAAAUAAACUUUGAAACGUG